AUGAAGCUUCUCACUACAGACUUUGCAUCUUCAUUCUUCAAGCACAGCUCAAAAUGCUUGUCCACUCCAUUUGAAAACCCGUACGACUCCAAACUGAAGCAUCUAUUUUUAUUGAGGAAUGUGUUCAUUUGGUUGGUAUUGAUGAACAUAAUGAAUUUUUUCCUUGAUUUUGAUUACAAGUUUGGUAGGGUUGAUAUUGUUCGUACCCUCUCUGCACCUGAAGAGUGGUUCGAGCCAUCAGAUGUCAAGCAAAUGAAUUUUGAAAACAUAUUGGUGGGGAUAUACUUGAGAAACGAAGACGCAUACUCCAAGAAUGUUGGAUAUACAACCAUUGUUGCCGACGUGUCCUUCCAUAUUGCAGGGAAUGAGAUAUACUUGACUUUGAAAGAGGGACUUCACAAAUCGGCAUUUUUCGAGAGUGGAAGUGGACGCCAUGUUGUGUCGGAAAUCAAAAACACUUUACCUCGAGGACCAGUCUUGUUUCACAUUGGCAAAGUUAAGGAAGCCAUAUCAGAUUUGUCGAAUGCGUACUUGCAACGGCUUUAUGGAAAACAGGCGGCACUGCGACAGGAAGCUAGGAUAAUGACUGCAUUCAUGCUAGUUGUGACAUUCAAGCUGAUUAUUAUGAUGAUGAAUGGUUCCGCCAUCACUUAUAGCACACAGUCAUCUAUUUACUCGGAUGAGGACGCACAAACAACUCCGGCUGCCCACAAAGCAAAUACUUCUCCAUCAAAUGGUGAAGGAUUAACUGGAAAGACCGUUACCAGGACAUUUGUCCCAGAAAUCAACCCAACAACUGAAGUCAAUGACAAGCAAAUGUACCCAAAGCGAUGUUUUACAGCUCCAGUUACGAGCUCCACACGAUGGUAG